AUGGAUGUACAAAAACUAAUCUUGAACGAGAUCAACAAACGUAUGGGUAGUAUUGAGCAAGUUUCUUCAUUAGCAAUAAGUACAAUAUUGGACCCACGUUUCAAAAAACUCCAUUUUGAAGAUCAUUUAGCUUGCUCAAAUGCCAUAGGCAAAAUUAAGGAAAUGAUGAAAAUGGACCUUCUGGAUGAAAAUAUUAAUGUGGAAUCUGGAUCAGAAAAUUUAGAAAAAGUUUCAGAAGAUUUUAGUCUUUGGAGCGACCAUCAUAACCUGGUGCAAAGAAAUUUGAAAUCAAAUGAAAAUGAAGAAAAAAUUACAGAUGAGCUUUCGAUUAGGCUAGCAAUAUAA